AAUGUAAUAUUUAAAUGUAAAAGAAAUGAUUACACCAAAGCCAUUAGGUGAAGCAAAGCACAUAGAAUAAUGGCAGACCGCAAGUUGACAAAUUUAGAAGUCAUUCUUCUUUUUCUUCUUCUUGUUGUAGAAGAGGUGCCGAGAGGCGUUGUGGCUUUUAUGUAGAGAAGACCUCCUAUCUGGGAUGUGGGAUCUCUUUGUUUCCUUAUCAGAUUUUGGCUCAGCAGAUCUGAAUUCCUGUAUAUUCUUUUGUCUGGGGAUGAUCUAAGCUUCUUCAAUGUCUUCGAUAUCUGUACAGAGAGACCCAGAUUGUAUUUUGGCUUAGUAGUUACCUUUUUUUUGUACGUUUAUGAACUUUCUGGGUUAUUCUGCUUUGCGGGUACCUUUUGUUUUGUACUGUGGCUGUGAAGAAUCACGGAGCUGGUUCUUUGUGUGGGGCUUGUCCAGAAUUUGGAGAAUUAUGAGCAAUCUUUGAGAAGGGGUAGAAGUGGAUAUGGACUAUCCAUUUUCCACAUUACUCAUAUUAAUCAGACUUGCUGUUAUUGACAACUCUAAUGGGGUCUAUACUAUUUUCUGACUGGGAAUUACACUUUUUCAACGGAAUUUGAUUUGAAGGAUUUGGAUGAUUCACAUUGUGUUUUCUGAUAGCAUUUGAAUUGGAGCAUUUCGGGAUUUUUAUGAAUCAAGUUCUCAGGCAAGCCAAGUUGAUUGCAGAAAUGGGAACUGAAGUGCAGUCUAAGAUGUAUCUGCAAGGAUAUUAUUCCUUGAGGGGUCUGAACAACAAUGCUGGCAAAGGGGCAUGGCUUCUACAUCAGGAACAGAAAACAAUGAGAAGUGGACGGUACCAGGAUAUAUUCUUGACCAGACCAGACAUGGAUGGAUAUGAGGAAUAUGAGAAGGAAUUACUGAGACAAACUAUAUUGAAGCAUGAAACCAUAUUCAGGAAUCAGCUCCAUGAACUCCAUCGUCUUUACAAACUACAAAGGGACUUGAUGAAGAAUAUCAGAGGUAUUGAACCACACAAACAUCUGAUAUCAGCUUGGAAGUCGCAAUCAUCAAAUGUUUUUCCAUCUGAAGAUGACAAAAAGAGGUGGCAAAUGCCCACCUUAUCCUUGAUGGAUUCUAGUUAUGGUAUACCGUCCUCAGAUUUGGAUAACAUUCAAACUCAUUGUAAUUCUGUGAAAGGGACGACCAUGCAAUCCAAUUGUGGUCAUACCCAAAGUGCAGCAAGGUGGAAGGACUGUGAAUCUGUGGAACCAAAAUCCAGCCAGCUUCAGAGAAGAUUUUUUGACCUUGAAAUUCCAGCUGAUGAAUUCAUUAACAAAGAUGUGGAACAGCAAGGAUUUUCUGAAGUCUCAGGCAUGCAUGGUUAUCCUCCUUGCAGGACUAAUGAGAUUGCUUUUAAGAGGGAUGAAAAGUUAUCUAUUUGCCUUGGGAAUAAUGCUGAUGCUUUGGGUUCCACUAUGCAUUUGAGGAAAACUUCUCCAAUGGAUCCAAAUGAAACCAUCCAGGUGGAGGAGCCAUCUGCUUCAGUCAUUAUUGGCAAUAAUUACCGCCCCAAAGACAAGAUGCAGAGGCAGAAUUUAUCUGCAAGUGCAUAUUCAAGCUUCAAAUUGUUGGGAAAGGAGUUUUCGCAAAAUAUGCAUAAUGAAAGGGAUGGAGCAGUUAGCAAUCUGCGUUUUGAGAAUGAAACUCAGCAACAAGAUUGGUUAUCUUAUCCUUUUGAAGCUGGUAAAACUAGAAGGAACAGAAGUUCUUUCUGUGGAGUUUUUCAACCUGAAGAUUUUCCUAAGGUUUGUGAAUCAUCACAAGUUGAAGGUCUGAAAGCUCAUGACCCUGCACCAUGUUUUCUUUCUGAUCAGCAUAAGAUGCAGCAACAUAUAAAGAGGACAAUUUUUGGUGUAGAAAUUGCUGACAUAAAUAAUGAUACAUCUGUUGUGGCUUCCCAUCCACUUGGUCUGGGGACGCCACUAGUUCCUAAAUCUGAUGUGGCCAACUCUGAGUCAUUUCCUAUUUCAGCUGGGACAAAACCUCCAGGUAGCUUGAGGCAAUUCUUAACAUCGACUCAUGGAAAUACCUCUCUUCAGUCGAGUCCUAACGUAACUGGGGAGUUCCUGAAAGAUAAUUAUUCAAGAUCAAUUCCAGAUUCAAGAGCUGAAGUAUCCCACCAAAAUGAUGUCCACCUUGGUUCCCAGUCAGAGUCCAAGGAAUCACAGGGCCGCCUCCCAUCAGUUCACCUUGGCUUUCUGAAUGAUAUCAGUGACCGUCAUUUUAGUUUUGAACAAUUUCAGCAACAUGAGCCUCAAGAAUACCAUAGGGGUUCGGGCUGUAUCGUGGAUGUGAACUCUGCAAAAGAAAUUAAGAUGGAUGCAGUCUCUCUAAAUAAUCCAUUCAAUUGUCAAAAAAGUCAUGUGUCAGUUGAUUGGCCAAGGAACAGGGAGAAUUCACAGGGAGAUUGCUCUUGGCUAAGACCAAUGCCAAAUUCUAAUGCCAAAUAUUCGAGAGAAGGGGGAGGCUCUGAUCAGAUGAAUUUGAGUUCUUGGCAAAACCACUCUCUGCAGGUUGUCGACAUAACUGAAAUGAGAGAGGGUCUGUCUCAGAGUUUUGUUCAGGACUCCUUGCCAGCAACCCGUGCUGAUGAUGGUGAGCAUGGGAAAAUUGAAAUAGGUGACUACUCGAGCAAUACAAGGAUUCUUGGGUUUCCCAUUAUGGACAAGCCUCAUGUACCAAAGGACCUUCCUUAUCAUAACACCUCUUCACAACAUGGUUCUGUUGCUUCUGGCAUUGAUAAUGGAAACCCUGUAAAAGCUGGAUUAGUUACAACUGAUUUGGCUCAUGAUCCCAUGUCACCCAGAUCUGGAGUGCUAUGUAAAGUUGAAGAUCAAAUUGUACCAGAGGGAUGGGUUAACCAGAAUGCUACUUUAAGACAUAAGAUUGACUUGAAUAUUUGUGUAACUGAUGAAGACGUUCCAUCUACACCCUCUUCUCCAAUUGCAACUAAGAUAGAUUUGGAGGCACGUGUUGGCAUUGAGACAGAAAAAGGUGCUGCAUCGGUGGAAGGAUCUGCAGAAAGCAUAACUAGAGAAUCUUUUGACUCAUUACAUGAUGAAUCCAGGGUGCCUCGUGAGCUCGUGGUGGCAGCAGACACUUUAGUUUCCAUCUCGUCAUCUCACAUGUGUAAUCUUCCAGGCCACGCUGCGGAGAAUCUUCAAGAACAUGCCACUCAUCCCCAGUCAGACGCUUCACUCCCCGAUUCCCUUUAUUGGCUUGCAGAUAUAAUCUCUUCAUAUAAGGGUGAUGUUGAGAAUGAGGUUGUAGAAGUUUCAAUGUUGAAGGACAGAUCCUUUCAAGAGGAGCUUAUUCCUGAUGGGAUGGAUUACUUCGAGUUAAUGACAUUAAAUUUGACAGAAAGCAAGGUAGAGAACCACUGUUAUAAGCCUCAGAUUUUGGAAAACCCAAAAGAUGAAAAUAAAUUGCCAAGAAGGCCUAGGAGAAGUCAAACAAGGAGAGGGAGGCAGCGAAAAGACUUCCAGAGAGAUAUACUUCCCAGUCUUACAUCUCUUUCGAGGAAUGAGAUGACCGAGGAUCUUCAGACAAUCGAAGGGUUAAUUAAGGCAACUGGUGGCACUUGGCAGUCAUGUUUAGGACAUAGAAAUCCCAGUAAGAGUAGUGGAAGUGGAAGGAGGCGUUCAGGAGUUCCACAUCCGUCUCCUACUGAAACUUCAGUAUGCCUGCCCCAGGUUCAGCAACCUAGUUGUACAGAGCUGGGAUUUGAGGAAAGAAGCCUGGCAGGAUGGGGAAAGAGGACAAGGCGUCCCCCACGGCAGAGAUGUCUGGUUAAUAGUCCUCCUCUUCCUCCAAAAUAAGUAGAGAAGAGAGCCCAGGUGAUUUUUCUGAAGAUAGAGCGGGGCAACUGUAGGAGCUUUUUCUGCUCGCUUUUCUAAGCCAUGGGGCAUAUUGUAUCUUACAUGUCUUCUCAGUUCUAACUUUCGAUAGUGUGAGUGGACUUGCAUAAUUCCUUAUGAAUGAUUUGCAUGGACUGAUACUGCUAAACGGAAUUCGAUUUAGCUGAGCUUUGUAGCAUAGAUGAAAGUAUUGUGAAAGAUUGUGGUUGUCUCCCCAAACCCAGUUUUUUAGAGCUGAUCUUAUAUAUGAUUUUUCUUUUUCA